UCUCUCUUCAAAAGUAAAAACAAAAGAAGGAUGUGCACCAAAUUCGUCAUCUAAGUUUGAUUCUCUCGUAUUUUCGUUUUUGGAUUCAGACGAAAAAGGCGGUGAUUUUCCGUAUUUGGUUUUAAACAGAAAAUAGAAAAUAAAUUGUACUUCUGUUUAAACUAUAAAACAAACGAUAAAAACGUACGCGGACCGUUAAGCCGUUAAAGUUUGGCGGCUCACGGCGCCGCCUGCAGGGAGGUGAUGUUCAGUCCCACACCGACAUGGCUGCUGCUGUCAGGAUGAGGACGUGGAGCUGUCCGACCAGAGGAGUCCUCUAUCUCUGGGCAGUCCUUUUUUUACUUUCACUCGGUACCAUACAUGCAGUAAACGCAGCACCGGAGACCGGGCUUUGGCAAAUCACAGUUGUCAAUACCUCAAGACCACUGCUGUUACGAAAAUCCAUGUAUAAAAACACAGACAUUGAAUUGAAAGUUGUGCAGUUUGCCUGUCCUGAGGACAUGACCUUCUCUAUUCACUGGUAUUUAAAAUACUACCCCUGUCACAAUGAAUUCAACAAUAUUGAAGAAAUGUAUGGGAGAACACCUCUGAGUCGUGGGGAGGGCCUGGAUCCAAAUCCCCUCGGACAAGGGGAGUUCAUCGAACACAAACACGGCCCCAUACAAUGUAGCAAUGGGCUGCACUCCUUUCCAAUGCUCAAAAAAGCCAAGGCAGAUGCACGUACAGUCAAUCCACCUGUUGAGGGGGAAGUGCCUGAAGAAAACGACUCCAAAUGGAUUACUGAGGAGUAUGACAGCAGCAGCAACGCCAACAAAAGCAGUGUGAAAAUCAAAGACAACGUCAUAGCCACAACGUGGAAGGACGGGCCUUACUUGCUGGUUGUUAAAAUUGUGUCUAGUAAACAGGAUGCCAAUUGGAAUUUAACAGUUGAUGUGGUGAUGAAAGGCAGCCAUGGCUACAUUUCUAUCACCGAAUGGCCUCUCAUGAUUUUCUACAUGGUGAUGUGCAUAGUGUACAUCUUCUACGCCCUGCUGUGGUUUAUCUGGGCAGCGUGCUACUGGAAGGAUCUGCUGAGGAUCCAGUUUUGGAUAGCGGGGGUCAUAUUCCUCGGCAUGGUGGAAAAAGCUGUCUUCUGUGCCGAAUAUGAAAAUACUAACGCUGUAGGCUCUGCUUCUCCAGGCUUGUUAAUCUUUGCCGAGCUGGUUUCUGCCCUCAAGAGGAUUUUGGCUCGAUUGCUCGUCAUCAUCGUCAGUCUUGGCUAUGGCAUUGUAAAGCCUCGACUGGGGCAAGUCAUGCACCGAGUUGUGGGGCUUGGAAUCCUCUACUUUGCCUUUGCUAGUAUUGAAGGUGUCCUGAGGAUUACUGGGGCAAAAGACUCUGACUUGGCCCUGCUGGCCAACAUUCCCUUGGCUCUGCUUGACUCCUCUCUCUGCUGGUGGAUCUUUGUCAGCCUGGCACAAACCAUCAAGACUCUGAAGCUGAGGAAAAACCCUGUCAAGUUGUCUCUGUACAGGCACUUUACUAACACACUUAUAUUUGCUGUCAUCGCUUCCAUCAUUUUCAUGGGUUGGAUAGCAAAAAAAUUCCGGUUUACAGAUUGCCAGUCUGACUGGAGUGAGCUGUGGGUGGAAGAUGCUUUCUGGAGGUUCUUGUUCUCCGUCAUCCUGUUCGUCAUAAUGUUUUUAUGGAGACCGUCUGCAAACAACCAAAGGUAUGCUUUCACACCUCUCAUUGAUGACUCUGACGAUGAAGAGAUUGAGGAAUUCAUCGCCUCUACAAACAUUGCUGAUGGCAUAAAGUUGAGAUCAUCUAAAAGUGAGACAAAUGGCACAGUGAAGCCUGCCGAAAUAAACCCAGAGGAAGACUUGAAGUGGGUGGAGGAUAACAUUCCUAGCUCUUUCACGGAUGUAGCUCUACCAAUCCUGCUUGAUUCGGACGAGGAAAUCAUGACGACCAGAUAUGAGAUAUCAAAGCUGGAGUGAAAAACAUUUCCAGGCAUGGAGGGAGAAGAUGGCAGCUGUCCCUGACUCUGCGUCUGCAGCAGGGUUUUCUCCAGGCUCUCCAGUCGGGGGGUGGUGGUGGUGGUGGUGGACGAGUGCUGUUUAGUCUUUUAGGGCCUCUUCCCAUGUGGCUUCUGCUUGGCGGGCUGGUGAAGGUCACAAUUUCAACUUCUCAAGAGCAAAGGACUCUACCAGAGGAACAUUGUCUUUUCACUGACCAACUGGCUCACUAUUUCCCCGAUUUUAUGAUCAGCUUUGAGCCUUUCUUUCCAAAGAUCAUUUUUCAUUUUAUAUUCAGUACUGUAUUUGUUUCGCUUAUGUUAAUGAUGAUCUAUUUCAUCAGAGAAUUUGAACAGUGGGCCUGAUGCAUGAACAUACCCUCAAAUUAACAUUACGGCUCUUUUUGCGGGUAUCUAGAUGCUAUUGGUUGGUUGUAACGAGGAAAUUAGUAAAAAGCUUAUCUGAGAUUGUUUUGCAGCCAUGGGAGGGAAGCAGAAUUGUACUUCCAUUUGUUUAUUUAUUAACCCAAAACAGGAUUGUUUCUAUUAUAUAUAUAUAUAUAUAUAUAUAUAUAUAUAUAUAUAUAUAUAUAUAUAUAAAUAAAUAAAUAUCUCAAGCACACUUAUUUUAAAUUUUCUUUGCCAACAUUAAGAGCCGAGAUGAGAAACAAAUUCACAUACUUUGAAUAAAACAUUUUGCUCUCAUGCACGUUGAAGUUCAAAUCUUUGCCUACAUGUAGUUCUUGUAUGAGGCCUAAACUGUUCUGGUAGUUGAGAACAAUAUGUAUGAAAAUUGUUCAUGUCUCUCCGUGAGGGGGAAGAAGCACAAACCAUUUGAUUUGAAAUGUGAAUAGUUUCAGAAGUGUAGAAUUGGAGCUUCGCAGUCACGUUUUGAAUCUGGAUGGGCAGGAGCAAUAUACUGUAUGUAUGUUAAUAUGGAGUUCAAUAAUUUCAUUAUUUAUUUGUAGUUCAAGCGUACUUAUAAGUUGUUAAACUUGAGUAUGUUUACAAUGUGUGCUUCCAUGUUGUUGAUGCCCUGAACAGUUUCACAAUGUGUUUGGCGAACAGCAGCUUGUGUUGUAUUGCUUUGCAUCGUUUGCUUUCUUUGCUGGUUAAACUAAUAUUUGUCGCGGUUUCGCAGACACCAGGAAAACAUCCAUAUUUUGUCAAAUUAUUUUAUUUUAAUUUUUUUAUGGAAUUGGCUGCCCCGGUGUUUUUUAGUGUGGUUUUGGAGUUGGAACUCUGUCGUCUUCAUGUGUGUUGUUUUGAGUACAUGUUACAGCAGGACUUACGUUAUAUGGUUGGCAAAAGUGGAUCACUUGGGACUAAUGCGACUAUUCUGAUUUGGUAUUGGUUGGAAACCUGGAAUGAUUGUGCUUUUGGUGGCCAGCUGUCAUCCUGUUAUAUAAAACUGCAGUGGACUGCUGUUAUUUUUACAGAUUGGUAUUGGCUGAUUCCUGUUAUUGCAUAAUUCCACAGGUAGAGCGCUGUCUGGAUAAUAUGACUGGUCUUUGUUUUUCCUCAUGGGUGACACGAGGAACUGGGCUUAAACCUUUCAUACCAGCAGUUUUCUUCACUCUUCCUUCUCAGGAAGUGUUUCCACUCAUAAAAUAUUAAUCUUGAACAGGACACUGUUUGUUUCUUUGUCUAUGGUUUUCAGUAUUCAUUUGGAAAUAAAAAUGCAGAUUUUA